CCGCCUGGAAGAUUCGAACCGAACGUUCAUACACGCAGAGAACACUGCAGCGGGCCAAUCAGCGGCUUCGGAAAGCGUGGAAUUGAACGUUGAGACAUCUCCGGCUCCCCCCCGCCCCCAUCACCCAGAUCCUUUCCACAUGCUCCUCCCCUGGAUGCUGUUGUUUGUGGUGUUUUAGCUGCCAAGGAGCUACGAGAGGGGUGGGGGGGAAUAUCAACAUACUCUUGUUCGUGCUGAUUGAAGCAGGAGGGGAGGCCAAGGGGCGACUUGGCUUGAACCACGUAGUGGUUAGCUGAAAGCGUCGGCGACAGAGAAACCUCUCAGUGUUUGGGGGUGGAAGAGGAGAAGGAGAAGGUUCCUUUGUGGAUUUUUCCCUCCCCCAAACACAAACACAUAUCGUCGCCGCCGCCGCCACAGUGAGUGUGUCUGGCUCUCCUCCUCCCUUCCUUGUUGUGGUUUCGUUUCGCUCGCCAUGUCGGUGAAUAUGGAGGAGCUCCGGCAUCAGGUCAUGAUCAACCAGUUCGUGCUGGCUGCGGGCUGUGCGGCGGAUCAAGCGAAGCAGCUGCUGCAGGCGGCACACUGGCAGUUUGAGACUGCUUUGAGUGCUUUUUUUCAAGAAACCAACAUUCCAAACACCCACCACCAUCAUCAAAUGAUGUGCACACCUAGCAAUACCCCAGCCACACCUCCCAACUUCCCAGAUGCUCUUGCUAUGUUUUCCAAGCUGCGGACUUCAGAGAAUCUCCAGAGCAGCAACAGUCCCAUCACAUCCAUGGCCUGUUCUCCUCCUGGUAGCUUCAGCCCCUUCUGGGCUUCUUCGCCUCCCAACCACCAACCUGCCUGGAUCCCUCCUUCAUCACCUACCAGUCACAAUCUUCACCACCACCUCCACCAUCAGCAACCCAUGUGGCCUCCUGUGUCUCAGCAAGGGGCCCCUCAGCAGAAAGCCAUGGCAGCAAUGGAUGGCCAGAGAUAAGACUUAACAUUUUUGCAAUGGGGGAGA